AGUGGAGAUUUAGGUCUUUGUUGCACUACGAUGUUGGAGUUAAAUUUUUCGUAUCUUGCGCUUCGGACUGUGACACAUGUAUGAUGCCAUAGUCUCAUGUCUCCAUUUCAGAAUAAGAUAUUGUCCAUGCUUAUCUAAAAGAUUCAAUAAAAGUUGCUUUUAUCAGAGGCUAUGCGAUUUUUAUUCAAGUAAUUGCAAAGGAGUUAAGGAAUUUACCACCUCCAAUGUAUUGUCAUCUUAUGUGUUCCGCGUCCUGGCGUCCAGGACCAUAUGCAAAGGCAAAAAACGUUUAACUACAUGCCGGGUAGCAUGCGAGCAAGAUAUUUUUAUUUGUUGAUGCAGGGUUAUGGCAGUUAAUGUUAAUCUAAGGCUUGUAGAUAGCUGAUGUGAUGUGAGCUUGCAUGUACAUAACAGCGUACAGCCUCUGCUCUUAUGCCCAUUGAAGUUGUCUGAGAUCUCAACAUUUAAACAAUAAAGUUUGUACAGGACAACAGUUAACCCGCAUGCAGACUUUACGAAUAGAUGGAAUUAUAGAUUCUGCGCAACGGCGCUUGUUUUCUUGUAUCAUCCAGUAUGUCAGCAUUUCUUUGUGGAAUCCUCUUUUUCGCAAUCUUUUUUGGGCACAAUAGAGUACCGAGGUGUGGUGUCAUCAAAAGUCGAUUUUCUUAGAAUUUCUAAAUUUUGACCACAUAAAUUGUAAGAAAGUCAUAAAAUACCUCCCAAUAUGCAAAAACAGUUAAAUAUGUUCGAAAUUAGGCGAGAUAUGGCCAAUGAAAGAUUUCAAGUUUGCUAACGGAUUACGGUUAUUCUGGCCUGGUUCAUAAAGUUAUGAACCAAGACGAAAUUACAGAGGUUUGAUAGGGCAAGAGCCUCUGCUCAUGUGGCCAUUUCUCAGCCAAUUUGUAACAAAAUCAUCUUCAAAAUCAUUUGUGACGUCGUCCCUUCGGUACUCUAUGGCUUCGAAAUGAAAGACAUCUCAUUGUCUCGUGAAGAGACAUCUCAUUGGUGCAUGAAAAGACAUCUCAUUGGCUCUAAAGACAAGGAAUUUUGAAUAAGGGACUAGUCUUGCGAAAUACGUGAUAACAAGAAAAUGUGUCCCGUUGCGCAGACUCUACAAUUUGCACUAUUUGUAAAGUCUACACGCAGGCUAGAUAGCCGCACUGUCUGUGGUUCUUGGCUAACAGAUAAGAAGUUUUGUAGGAUUUUUCGUAUCUAUCAGACAAUAAACCGACUUGCUGAAUUGUCUGAAAGCCUAACUGAGAAUGCAAUGUUCUGAGCUGCAUUGCGUAUUAAUUGAUUCAGCUUUCCAUGUAUGCAGAAUUCACUUUACACCUUACGUCAUUCGAGACCACAAUCGUUUGCAUGAUAUCAAACGUCAACCCGCUUGAUGAAUUUAUGGUCAUGAAUAAUUAAUUUCUACGAGCACCUAUAAGAAAUUUGUUGUCCAAUUACAGCAAAACGACUGGCAAAUAUUAGUCCACGGCUUUCAAGAAGUUUCGUUGCCUAUCAUGGAAACCUUUUACAGCGUAAAGUAUUCCAUUUUAUUGUGAAUUGAACCGUUUUAUCAUAUCUGCUUCAAUCUCAAUCGACAUCUAUAUUUCGCAGCCUUGUAUUAGCAGUUGAUUGAAUCAGACGGUCAAGAACUGAAGAUGUCGAAAGUGGCCAAAGAUCCAAUUAAGAAAAAUUCAGGGAAAAUGGAGUCUGACCUUGAAUUGCAAGACUUAUCCGAUGACCUUUACGCAGAUGAGAUGAUAGAGUUGGAAUACAUGCUUGCAAAGAUAGAACAAGAUAAAAAGAUUGGGAAAAAAAAGGCUGCGCCUGUGAAAGAGGAUGAUCCUAUCAAAGAAAGUGGCAGAAAGAAAUUAGCAGCUGUUGUUAUUGCACUUGGAAUCGAGGCCGAACUGCCAGCUGAAUUCUAUGAGAAGUUAUUGGCAUCAAGAAGAGCCAAAAUGUUGAUUAGGACGAUUACAGACAGUAAAGAGGCCAAAGAUUUGCUGAGCAAAAUGUCGAGUUAUUAGAACAAGACUCAUUUAUACGAGAUUUGAUUGAAUUUAUAAUGACACUUAAUCCUUUUCAUGGGAUGGUACCAGGAACUUCGGAUUAAAUUAAGAAUUGGGAAGGGACUGAAAUGUUUGGGGGCUUAAAAUGCAAAACAUCUGGAGCAAGAUUAUUUUCUAUUGUUUCAAGUACAGUUUUGAAAAUUGUUGGGGACCCUCCCCAAUAAGACCCUCCCGCUUUUCCGGUCCCUCUACGAUGGCAGGUACUGUUUGGCUGCAUAGAGUAUCAAAACCGUCCUAACAACAAGAAUUAAUGGAGUAGGAUUCUUGUAUAAUAUUGUAAAUAUUGCUUGCUAUUUGUUCUUCGUAGCAUAGGUGUUUCAAUAACUAGAGGAACGUUUAGUCAAAAUUAGACUUUUUAGCGAAAAUUUUCAUUCCCAAAACAUAUAGCAGAACCAUCCAUUUAACGCCUCAGGCGUGAGUAAAACCCUUGUUUCUCAACGGAGGGGGCUUGAAAAAGAGGGGGCGUUAUAAAGGGAGGGCCGAUGAGACAGUGAAGAACGUUUAGCUUUUAUCGUUGUUAAUUAGAAAGGUCUUAUUGGAAAUUCUAGUAUUGCAUUUACAAGUAAGAAAGCAAGUAGAGGUUUUGACAGAUCUUGACUUUUUUUCUGUUCUGCUUCUUUUGAAAGUAAUAAGCCUUAUAUGGUGUACUAUAAAGGCCCUUUUAAUUUUCGAAAUUUUCUAAACGACGGGAGGUUUUGGAUAGGUAAUUGAGAGCAGAGAAAUAGGAUAUUGUACUUCACUGAUCGCUUAUAGAAUUUGUUUUAAUUGUUCGAUGAAAGUUAUACAAAUUGUUA